UAGAAAACAUUUGGAUGCGUAAAAAUAGUUUCUCGUUUGUUCUGGAGCGAUGUCACCAAAACGUGCUGGAUCGUAAUGAUGCCCGAGAUGUUGCAGAGGUAGAACGUCUGAAACUGUUGGCUUUAAACUUUUGUAUUAGGACACAAGAGUGAAGAAGAUGAUGGUCCAGGCCUCAUGUAGGAUCUAUCUGAAGGUGUGUUUAGUCCUAUUGAUGGUGGGACAACUACAGGGCAAAGUAACAGCACCAGAGCGACUGGAAGCUCCAGUGGAGAAGCCCUUCACCCUGACCUGCACUGUUUCGAAGGAGCGAGGGGAAUCCUUGAGGCAGGUGCGUUGGCUGGACGUCCAGAACCAGACCCUGCUGAGCUACCAGCCCGGCAACAGAGACAGCGUGAGCGGACAGCAGCACGUGGAGCUCGCCUCCUCCCCGAGGGACACGUCGGCCAUCACCAUUCGCAGGGUGGGCUUCCGCGACGAAGGAUGCUACACGUGCAUCUUUGACCUGCAUCCUACGGGUUCAAAGCAGGGAGUGACGUGUCUCACUGUUACCGCUCAAGUCACCGCUGACAGCAACAAAACAGCAGUGAGCGGCAAGAGGGCCUCCCUUUCGUGCUCCUACGGCCUGCCAGAAAAGGUGCAGCAGAUCGUAUGGAAACACAUUCCUGCCCAAGGAGAGUCCACAGAGGUGGCCUCCUUUGCAAAGAGGAGCGACCCCAUGAUCGAGCCGCCGUACCAGGGAAGGGUCUGGCUCAGCGCCUCCCUGUCUGACAGUCAGCUCACCAUCCAGCCAGUCUCCAUCCAGGACGAGGGCUGCUACACCUGCCUGUAUGACACAUUACCCGAUGGGCCGAAGAGCUCCGUGAUUUGCCUCUCCACCUAUGUGCUGCCGAAACCUCAGGUGAGCUACAAGACCACCUCUCCGGGUGUGAUCGAGGCCAACUGCACCUGUGUGUCGAGGCCUCCAGCGGAGAUUGUGUGGAACGUGGAGAGAGAUAACCGCACCAUGGGCCCCCCCGUGACCACGCAGCUCCCUCAGGGCGACGGGACCACCCUGGUCAUCAGUACGCUGACCGUCCAAUCAGGGCUGCUCAAAGACGUGUCCGUCAAAUGCUUGGUGCACCACAAAGGGCUUGAGUCACCCAUAGCUGUAUCCAUGAACACUAAGAUUGGAACGGCUCUCACCAUCCUGAUCUCAGUCACCACAGUAGCGGCUCUGCUGGUUAUGUCGCUGUGCUUCUGCCUUUGGAAGUGUUUUUUGCGCAAAGAAGCUGAUUAAUCUUUCAGAUGAGACCAGCCACUGAGAGGAGAAGGCCACGCUUGUCAGAGCCAGCCUUGCAGAAUUGCUUCCCUUUGCUGCAUCUUCAUCAUCACUACCUUGGCACAAAGGGAAGAUGCUCCGACACACCUCCGUAGGAUGUCCAGUACAAUCUUGUUCAUGAGCACCAACUGGACAAACGACAUUCAACUCUGCUCUGCUGCCUCUGCGUCCGACUCUUAUAUAAUCUCCAGGCUGUCCUCACAUGGUGUCUAUGAAGAACUCCGGAGCAGAUCCUUUUAUUUCUCUCUGACUCUGUAAUUGAUGAUCACGCAUUCCACGAGCAACUGCAAAAUUAAAUACAGUGAUUUUUUAUUUUUUUUUGCACCGUAUUGCAUGUCCUCAAGAUAGUUUCCUGUCUUUGCCUGUAUGUUUCACCUGCUCCUUAAGGGAAAGGUUUUAUGUUUUUCUGUCAGUGACAUGAACAUGGGCUCUCAAUCUCGUAGUUCUUCUGUAAAUACUCAUUAGCAAAUGUGUAUUUAUCCACAGCUGAAAAUGUUCCCUCAUAACUCAUUAUUUACUCUCGUUGAAAUGAUAAAAGAAAAUGCCGAUGAUGUAGCCUUUUUUUUUUUUUAACAUUGAUAAUAUUGCACCCAGUUAGUUCCCACAGCCAAACCAGCAUUGUAGAGACGAACUAACACGAACGCCACUUUGGUGCAUUGUGAAAAGCUGGGUGGGGUCACGGGUGGUAUUAGACAAACUAAAGGGCUGCAUACUUAUAUCUUACUUGUGUAAUUUCUACAUGUUUCAAAGUCUGUGUUCGUGUGUGUGUGUCUGUUCGAGGUUGAGUUCACGGUCAGAUGGCUUAAAUCAAUCGCCUGAGGAAACGGCACUGAAACCUUUUUCGGUGCCCCCUGAAAGGAAUGCGUGUCUUGUUGCCACAGCGGCUCCUCCACACAUCCAACUCACUUUUCUGUUGCACUGCAUCGAAGUGGCACCGACAUAAUAUAAUGCAAUGAUGCUGAGGUAAUAUGUUCGCAGGUGCUUUAAAAAAAAAAAAACGCUUUGUGUUUAAAAUAGCAAUGCAUAUCAAGGCAUAUGAUUUGCAUCUGUCAGCUACUUGCUUUAACAAGAAUGCCAUGAAGGACAGAGUUAAGGCAGCGUUCUUCUGGAGUUUCAGUACAAGCAUGCAACACUGAUCGUGAGCACACACCUUACAGUAGAAUACUUCUGAAAGUGGUUUCAGAGCAUUUUUUACACAAGCAGAAAUGUGUUGUAGCAUCCAGUCAGAAAAGAUGCAUCACAACCAACCACGUAUGUAAAGUUGUUGUAAUAAAAGCAGCAAACUCAAUAAUAAAAAAAAAUCAAAAAGAA